CAGCCACACAAAAUGGAGAAAGUGAUGACUAAAGAAAGAGUAAUCGAAAUGUUGAAUGGUUAACGGUGAAGGAAAUGGCUUCUACUCUCACACUCACUCUGAGCCUCUCCUCCACCAUCACCACCUCCUAUUCCUAUCUCCCAAACACCAAACAGGGGUUUCGAUAUCCCAGAAUUAAGUUAUUAUCAUCCAAGCACCGUCAUUUCUCUGUCUCAGCUUGUGCUUCUUCUUCAUCAUCAUCUUCGCUUCAAGCUCUGAUAUUUGACUGCGAUGGCGUGAUCCUAGAGUCAGAGCACUUGCAUCGCCAAGCCUACAACGAUGCCUUUGUUCACUUCAACGUUCGUUGCCCCUCUUCUUCUGCACACCCUCUCAACUGGGACGUCCAAUUCUACGAUGAACUCCAGAACCUCAUUGGUGGAGGCAAACCCAAAAUGCGAUGGUUCUCUCUUUCUCUUUCCCUUUCUCUUUCAAGUUUUUAUUUUUAUUUUUUAUAUUUUGUUCUUGUUGGAGUUUACUUGUUAAUAAUUCAAUAUCGUGUUUUUUUUUUUUUUUCCGUUUUGGGGAUUUUAAGGUACUUUAAGGAACAUGGGUGGCCUUCAUCCACGUUGUUUGAGACGCCUCCAAGUAAUGACGAGGAUCGAGCCAAGUUGAUUGACACUCUUCAGGAUUGGAAGACUGAGAGAUACAAAGAUAUAAUCAAGUCUGGAACUGUAAAACCCAGACCUGGUGUUUUGAGGUUGAUGGAUGAGGCAAAAGAUGCUGGGAAAAAACUAGCUGUUUGCUCUGCAGCGACUAAAAGUUCAGUUAUUCUGUGUCUCGAAAACCUGAUCGGAAUUGAGCGCUUCCAAAGCCUCGAUUGCUUCCUUGCUGGUGAUGAUGUGAAGGAAAAGAAGCCUGACCCAUCAAUAUAUCUGACAGCUUCCAAGAUUUUGGGUGUAUCAGAGAGAGACUGCUUGGUUGUUGAGGAUAGUGUUAUUGGGUUACAGGCAGCAACAAAAGCAGGGAUGCCAUGCGUGGUUACCUACACAUCUUCUACAGCGGAACAGGAUUUCAAAGAAGCCAUAGCAAUCUACCCUGACUUGAGUAACGUAAGAUUGAAAGAUUUGGAAUUACUACUACAAAAUGUAGUAGCUGCUAAAUAGAAGAUUUGCCUGUGUCUUGGAAAUUUUGCAGAUUCAGUUGCCCUCCAAUGUUUUCUAUCAGGAAAAUGGGUUGAAUAUUUUAUGUUUACCACAAUGUUCAGAUCUUUUUUUAUUACAUCAAUUGACAGCCGAUGUAUACGUGUAAGCUAUAAUGUGAAAACAAUUCAUUGCAAAAUGUAAGAUCAUAAGUUGUUGGUAUUUUGUAAUGGCAAAUUGGAAUGCUAGUCAGAGAUUUCCAUUGACAGUUCAUUAUGAUGUUAAAUGCAACCACGUCGC